GACAACAACCUUACUCCCCCCGCUCGUACCCCCCCCCAAAAGUUGAGUAGCAGCUGCGGGGUUGGAAGUGGAGUCGGUGCAUCCGGAGCUGCAGUGGGGCAGAGAGAGGGAGCGAACUGCGGCAGCCGCGGCGCGCACGGAGGUUGCCUGCGCGGCCCACGGGGGAAAGGGUUUAAACCUUGGGGUGCUCGGAGUCAUGGCUUCUCCUUCUAAAGCGAAGGAGGUUUUCUCCUCGGACGAAGAGGGUUCCGCGGCACCGCCGGCGGUGAUCGCGGACUUGGGCUCGGAGGAUCGCAGGGUCAAAGUGUCUAGCCUGCCCUUCAGUGUGGAGGCGCUCAUGUCCGACAAGAAGCCUCCUAAAGACGUGUCUUCCCUGCCAGGGGGAGGUGGAGGCAUCGGCGGCGGCGGUGGCAGCAGCGAAGGCACAUCUAGGACCAUGCUGCUGCCGGGACACGGCGCCAGGGAAGCUCACAGCCCCGGGCUGCUUACAAAAACCUUUGAGACGUCCUCGGUCAAGUCGGAGAACUCGGAGGACGGGACGUCCUGGAUUCAGGAGGCUGGCAGAUACUCCCCACCGCCAAGACACUUGAGUCCUACGACCUGUACCCUUCGGAAGCACAAGACAAAUCGGAAGCCCAGGACUCCUUUUACCACCUCCCAACUUCUGGCCCUAGAACGAAAAUUCCGCCAGAAACAGUACCUCUCCAUCGCUGAAAGGGCUGAGUUUUCCAGCUCCCUGAACCUCACAGAGACACAGGUCAAAAUCUGGUUCCAGAACCGCAGGGCCAAGGCCAAGAGACUGCAGGAAGCAGAACUGGAAAAGCUGAAAAUGGCAGCCAAACCUAUGUUACCCUCUGGCUUCAGCCUCCCUUUCCCCAUCAAUUCUCCCCUCCAAGCAGCUUCCAUAUAUGGAACAUCCUAUCCUUUUCACAGACCUGUGCUCCCCAUCCCACCUGUGGCUUAUGCUACUCCUGUUGGAUAUAGCAUGUAUCAUUUAUCUUAAGGAAGAUCUCCCAGCAAAGGAAUAGUUAAAUAGACUUCAUGAUGGAUGUGUUUCUUUUAAUUUUUUUUUCUUUCCUCAUCCGAGAGUACAGUACCCAACCAGUCCUGGAUCACUUUUUCCUUUUGCUGCGUAUUUUAAGAGCACCAUGCCAACCACUUAGGUGUUCACAGGCCAGACCAGAUCUCUUCUUGCUCUUUAGUCUGGGACACCAAACCCUAUUUGUCAGCAUCACCUGAUGACAUGCCCUCCUUUUUCACAAAGACUGAUCCUGAAGGCUUUUUAUAUAUAUAUAUAUAUAUAUAUAUAAUAAAGUAUAAUACAUUUUUAUACUACAGACAUGAAAAGUCAAAGUAUUUUGAAAGGAAAAAUUAUAUAUGUAAUGUAUAUGUAUGUAUAUUCAGUGUAUUAUUUUCCUGAAGGAGACCUCCAACAAAAUAAUAUGGGGGGUUUUUUUUGGGGGGGAAGGAAUAUGUUUUUAUAAAGGAUAAGAUACUUUUAAAAGGAAUCUUGCGAGAUAUAAUUUGGGGAGGUUUUAAAAAUAUGAUGGAGUUUAUUUUUAUAAUAGCUCUCAUUUCUAUAGUGCUUUAUGGUUUACAAAGUG